UUUCUCUGUUUAAAUGCUGGCUUUAUAUAUAUUUUUUAUCAUGUUUAAUUCGUGUUCUUAAUCUUUUAUCCAACACCGCUAAUUAAAUCGGUAGCACAGAAAUGCUAACUUAAUGCAGCGGCUAGUCAGGUCACGUGUGAACAGAUGAGAGGACCUCUGCUGACCACAUCAGUUUCAAUGGAAACACACUGAAAGAAAUUUGCCAUCAUGCAGUUGGAGGCUCAGUUGCGUCUAUGUCAAAGUUGUCUUUGGUGCUGCAAGAGUGGGCUGCGCCUGCUCUCCCAAAGUUAUGCACACAGAAAAGCUGUGAACUACUACGAUCUCUUGGGAGUCAAGUCCGAUGCCAGCAUGGAUGAAAUUAAAAAUGCAUUUUUUGACAAAUCUAAGAAGCUGCACCCAGACAGCGAUCCAUCCAACCCAACACUGCACGGUCAGUUUGUGGAACUAAACGAGGCCUAUCGAGUGCUGAGCAAGGACCUGAGCAGGAAGGAGUACGAUGUCAAAAUUAGACAUCCAUACAGUGGAGGCCAGGCCUUCAGAUCUACCUCCAGUCACACCAACUACAGAGCCAGCACGGAUACUCAGGAGAGUAUGCGUUACUGGGAGCAGUUUCGACAGCCUUAUGGACAGGAGAUCACGCCAGAGGAGAAGCAGAGGAGAAGGAAAAGGGAAUUCCGCUUGGUGGGAUACUGCGUCAUCGGCAUGGUGCUCAGCAUCGGGGUGCAUGUAAUUUUCUUCAGAAAACUGGAAGACGUUCACAAUAACUUCAUGGACAAAAAAGACAAAGCUAUCGCAGAAAUUUACAACGAAUCCAAAGAGAGGGCCAGGGCCAACGGUUUUAAGAAACAGACAGAAAUCCUGCGGCAGAAGCGCGCUGAGUUUUUGGAGAAAUACAAAUUGCGCAGCGAUGGAGAGGACAAGUAGGAGAGUUUGAACUGCCGGCAAGUGGAUGGCGGCAGACUGAAUGUGGUACAAGUUUUAGGAUUUUUAAGUUUUUUUGUUGACGUUUGUGCUCACUUGAAGAUGCAUGGGUGUUAUGAGGGACGGUUUCAUCUGGUCAUACACAUAGUGUUUCUUCAUGAGCAAGCUGGACUGUGUACAGACUGGACUGGUUUAUAGUUGGUAGAAUAUUUGAAGUGAUGAAACUUGAUGAAAAUGCCUCUUAAGAACUGUCCUCAGCCUCAUUUCUGUGUUAGUGUCACACAACAUGAGGGGCUCACAGAUCAGUGAAUUGCUGCCAAAAGACAGACGGUUGUAAUGUCAGUAUGUUUGAAGUCAAAAGAAGCUUUUAUAUUUAUUAUAAUCAUUUUGCACACAUGAACUCUCUAACGUUCUCAGGUUUCAUCAGCCUGUUCGGGGAGAUGAUUGAGGAGAGAGCUUCGGUAAUAAUGGUUUCACAGUAGUGGUCCAAGUGCUCAUCGUUCUCUCCGUUGAGUGUGAGUGUUACUGUAGAGCGGCUGCACUGGCAUUUAGAGCCAACGUGAAAUAAAAGGUUAAUUCACUUGAAAUGUAUAUAAAUCUUUAUUAUGACUUUAAAAGAGUGACACUUCCACAAAUGUGGGAGUUUAAGAGAAAAAUUAUUCAUAUUUAUGGUUGAAAGUUCCUCCAGAAUCAACAUUUACCAUAUUACCUUUCGGUUUUUUAGGAUUUUAGAGAUUGUUUUUCUACUUUUGCCUGCCUUUCCUCUGUCCCUGAAGGGAUGUCAAAGGGAAAUGAUUAAAAGAUCAGCUUGUCCUCAUCAAUCAUUACUUCCCGUUUGUUUUGUCUCUCGUUCACAUACGCUUUGGUUCUGGUUUUGUGAUAAAGAAGAGACGACAGAUACACCAUUUCAAACAUUCAGACUUCCUUCUAUAGUUUUUCUUACAUUCAACUGAAGAUUAUUUUAUAAAGAAAUCACAUUAAAAGUUUAUAAAGCAUUUUGCUACAGUAAUUUCCACUCGCUGGCCUAGAGGCUCAGACAUCCAGAUGUAUGACGGUUGCCUUUUAAUGAGCAACCGCACAGACACUUCAGUAUUGUUAUAAUUAGCUAAUUAUUUAUCUGCCCUACUUCAGAAUUCGGUAGAUUAUUUUCCAUUAUCUCAUUGGCCAAAGAGUGAAUUUGAACCUGUAAUCUCAUUUGGAGCUCCAGAUGUGACUUUACAGACACAGCACAUAGCAACAUAGUUUAUUUGCAUAUUUACAUUCACAUGAAAGUUAUGAAACAAUUCAGAAAAACAUCCAGGGUGCACAUGAUGGUGACAUCAUGGAAAAGAGGGUUGAUUUAGUUUGUUUUUUUCUCUUUCCUUCACUGCCACUGUCCUGAGACUUUGAGACUUCAGCAGGAGAUAACACAUCUCUGCAUAGCUUAUAGACACCCUUACCCUCAUGUGGUGUGUCAUAACCCAAACACACCAUAAUGACUGAGAUUCUGGUGUCGGCAUGCCUAAAACACAGAUGCACACACACUAAUGGAAGACAGCCCUCAUGAGAGAGGCAGUACACAAGAACACAAGAAAACCAGCUGUGGAGACAGUUUUAAUUGACUUUUAUCUUCAGUUCAAUGAGCUGCAGAGGGAAAGUCAAAUCAGGCCCUCUGAUUUCUAUAUGAUCAUUAUAUACACACUCAUAUUUUUCAAUAAAAUAUUGACUCUGACCUUUGCACAUUCUUUAUCAUUUUGGUUUUUCAUGCACUUCAUUUCAUGGGUUUAUCUCCUAGGAUGUUUCCAGACAGGACAGACAGACAGACAGAAGAAGAAGUCAAAGUGGGGAAAAGUGUAAAUAAUAAAAUGAACAAUGGCUGAAUUCCAUUGAGCUGCUUCAGUUUGAGCUGAAUGAAGAAAGUUGACAGAGACAAGAUUCAUGAGGCUUUAUUUUCCAUAUAACUGAAUUAUUUGCUUGUCUUGUUGGAGAUUAGAGGUCUGUGUCAAGGAUAAAGUAAGGAUGUGUUACAGAGGUUUUGAAAGGUCCCAAAAAAGAUUUAAAGAGUCAUAAAAAAAUAAUCCUCUGAGGAGGAGCAGAGUUUAGGUGAUAGAGCUCAUUCUUUUUCAAGAGAUAAACCAGAGUUGGCUCUGGAGCCAAACUGAAGACAAGGCGACUCAACUUUUUUUUAAUACACCAGCUGGCCUGUUCUACUCCCACUCCUAGAAACAAUGGUACCAGUACUUUUUACUUUGGUUCCUAUAUAUUUGGAUUUUCUAAUCGCCAGAUUCGCACAUCCGGACGCCAUCUUAGUUCAUGCCGGCGCCAUAACUUACAAUAGUCUUACUACAGUCUCCACCUUCUGAGUGGGAUUUCCCUGCGCAUCUAUACUGUUAUAUCAGCGGCAUGGAGCCUGAUCCAGGACCUGCAACACUUCUUAGGCCCAAGUUUAAGGCCUUCACACAAAUUUUCAGUGCUGUGAGCGUCAAAGGACCACUGCUGCCAUUUUGGCUCUGUAGAUCUUUUUGAGGGUUUCCAUCCGUACAACUCUUUGACAUUAUUUCCCAAACUAAGAUUAAAUGUUAUGUUUGAUUAUGAAAUAUAAUGGAGCAUAUAAAGUGAGCUUUGAUAUGCUCCAAUACAUUUUGAAUCACAUUACAUGGCUUCUAACAUACAA